GGACCAUCCCAGAGUGUGGGCACAACUUCUGCCGGUCCGGCCUGAACCAGUGCAGCGGGGAAAAAAGGAGGCUGGCUUCCUGUCCUCAAGGCCGAGUUGGAGUCCAGAGAAGGAGCCUCGUCCGCAAUCGGCAAUUGGCUACCUUUGUCGAAGUAGCCAAGACUCUCAGUCUUCAAGAGGGAAAGGAGGAGUCU